CCUACAUAAAUCUACCAAUUUCUUCAAUUCCAUUUCCCGAUUAAAUGUAAAAGUCGGUCCAGGGCACCUGACCCUGGAAGCCAUAAACCGAAAUGGCUACGACGGAUAUGUGUCCGAUGAAACCUGAACCGACUUUGUCGUUCACCCAAGGGCUCAUCGUCGGCCAGAUCUCCGUCGUACUCCUCAUCGCUGCUUUUAUCAAGUUUUUCAUAUUCGGCGAUGCCCCGUCUCCCGAGGUGACCGCCACAAUCCGGGCCGCCGAGCGUCGAUCUCGGACACUCGCUCACCGGCAAUCCCUCCUCACCCUGCGAAGCACCACCCCGAAUUCUGCGAGGCCCGGUCAGCCGACGUUAAAUAAGAAAAAGUCGAGCAUACUACGGAGUCCUCCCACGCUGACCAUCGGUUCCAUCCUCAACAAGACGUACUACAACGUCGACAGCCACCAGCCCGAGUCGCUAGACUGGUUCAACGUGCUGAUCGCGCAAACCAUCGCCCAAUUCCGCAGCGACGCCCAGCAGGACGACGCCAUCCUAACCUCCCUCACCAAAGCCCUAAACGGGACCUCGCGCCCAGACUUCCUCGACGAGAUCAAGGUCACCGAGCUAACACUCGGUGAAGAUUUCCCCAUAUUUAGCAACUGCCGCAUCAUCCCCGUCGACGAGGUCGACCAGGAUGGAUUAAGCCUAAACAAGGGACCGCACGGGGAAAAGCGUUUCGACGCGAACAGCUCGCGAGCGAAGCGAGAAGGGUCGCGUCUACAAGCACGUAUGGACGUCGACCUAAGCGACAUGAUCACCCUCGCACUCGAAACCAAAAUCCUGCUCAACUACCCCAAGCGACUAACCGCCGUCCUCCCCGUCGCCCUCGCCGUAUCCGUCGUGCGGUUCAGCGGCACCCUCAGCAUCUCCUUCAUCCCAUCCAACCCAUCCCAAUCCACGCCCACAAUGAUGACAUUCAGCUUCCUCGACGACUACCGCCUCGACUUCUCCGUCCGCAGCCUCGUAGGCAGCCGCUCGCGGCUCCAAGACGUCCCCAAGAUCGCACAGCUCGUCGAGUCGCGCCUCCACCGCUGGUUCGACGAACGCGCCGUCGAGCCCCGCUUCCAAGAAAUCGCGCUGCCUAGUCUCUGGCCGCGGAAACGCAACACCCGCGGCGGUGACGACCCGCUCCUCGACCCCGCCCACGGCACCGCCGCGUCCUCCGUGUCCAGCGGCAGCGCAGGCAAAGGCAAGGGCCGCGAGAUCGCGCGUGAGCUCAAAGAAGAGGCUCGAAAGGAAGUCCGUGCCGAGGCUGCCGCGGGCCAGCGGAGGGAUCUGAGAGAUAGGGAGAUAAGCCCGCCGGAAAACCUGCGGUAUAGACGCGCUAGGGGCCAGCGCGACGGCUCGGCGAUCAGUGAGUUUAGUAUGCCGGGGAGUCUGCCCGGGAUGGGGAUGGCGCUUGAUUUGCCGCCUUGAGGGUUGGGGGGUGGGAUGUUGGGUUAGUUAUGAAGUAAGAAGAGAUGAAAUGAGAUGAGACGAGAUGAUAUGAGAUGGGAUAGGAUGAUGUCGACGAUGUUGAUGAGAAAUAUACCCGAGCCUACCGAUUCGCGUGUUAGGAGAACGCGGGGCCAGUCGUUGAAGUUUAAAAAACAGGAGCGAGAAUAAGGGAUACAGGGCACAGCGUCCGGUAGUGAUUCCUGCCGCCUGGUAGAUCGUGCUUUAUGAGAGGCGAGACGAGGCGGGUAGGCCAAGUGCUCGGUCGAGUCAUCGAACACUUUGUAAGAUUGGUCAUAUGCGGUAUUAAAACAGAACGCAGACCGCACCUCUCCACGGUUGGGUUAUGUAUAAAUUGUAGACUAUCAGUGUAGCCAAUACAUACUAGAACAAGCCCGACGACGAUCGGAGGCAGAUAUAUCACCACUAAUCUAAUACACUAAAUCACGAAG